AUGCCGGAGGCUGUAGCAAAUCCCGCAGUCGCUGCGCCCGUGGAGCCCGUCAAAGUGGCCCCCUCCAGUGCCAGUAGCGCCACGUCGACACCCAGCAGUCCCAUGAGCAGCACCAGCAGCACGGCGGACCUCAGCCAGCAAGUGCAGGCAGCGCUGAAUCGUCUGCUUAGUGUGAGCUCCGCGUUCAAGGACUUGCAGCCGGGUAAGGACACGCAGGUCUCCACCCGAGAGGAAACUAUUGCCAUGAUGCAGCAUUACCUUAAGCGGCUGCAACUCGAUGACGUCGUGGACAGUGGCGCCCCCAGAGCUCUCUCGGUGGUGCAUGUGGCGGGUACCAAAGGCAAGGGAUCCACCUGUGCCAUGGUGGAACGUAUCCUGCGUCAGGCAGGCUACAAGACUGGACUCUUCACUUCGCCGCAUCUCGUUUCUCCCUGCGAACGCUUUCGCAUCAAUGGAAAACCCAUUGCAGACGACGUGUUCUUGAGGCAUUUCAACGCGGCUCGGACCUGGCGGACGGUGGAUGCGACGAAUGUGUUUCCGCAAGCCUGUAGUUUUGUGGAGGGUCGCCGCUUGACCUGGAUCACACUCGCCGUGCUGGGCGAGACGCUGGAUCUGAUUGCGUAUGCCAAGGCUGGAAUUCUCAAGCCUGACGUGCUCGCUUUCACUACUGCUCAGGAUCCGAUAGCGAUGCAAAUGCUGGAGAAAUGUGCCUCGGAGACGAGCACGCCACUGGUUUGUAUUCCGACUCUCGAUGGUUUUGGACCGGACGGGGUCAACUGCAAACUGGGUCUACACGGAGACUACCAGCGCACGAACGCAGGUCUUGCCGUGGCGUUAGCGUCGACGUGGCUGCGAAACAAGCGUGGUGGGGACGCUACUGCCCAGCUGGACUUCGCUGGUGCUCUUGAGCCGGUUGUGAAGGAAGGAUUGAAGCUUGCGUUCUGGCCUGGCCGAGCGCAGUUGUGGGAGGACGAAGCUCACAGAAUGCGUUUCUAUAUUGACGGCGCGCACACGCUGCGUAGUCUUGAAUGCUGUGCGAAGUGGUUCCGCCAGGCUGCAAUUCGAACAACACCUGCCGAUAAGCGAGUUCUCAUUUUUACUAUCCAUCACGAACGCAACGUGGCACAGCUCUUUGAGCCGCUGUUGUUGCAGCACUUUGACCGUGUCUACUUUUGUCCGACGAGCUCAUCGCGCCCGAGUCUGGCUAAGGUUCACACGUUCUCAGAGGCCCUUGAGAUUGCCGGGCUCCAGCACGUGCUGGCUGCGUACUUACCAGAGGAAUUGGUGGCGCUCGAUGACGUGACUAAUGAGCCGCACGCAUGGCAAUCUACGCUCUCACGAAUCUGGACCGGAUUGAAGACUUAUGUGAUCAAGGAGGAUCAGAGCAAGUGCGUCGUUGCGGUGAAGGACUCGGUCGUGGACUGCAUCAAUGAGCUACGCGAGCUUUCUGAUGAGUCUGAAGCUUCAUUUAUCGAGGGAGAAGCCACGGAGGUCGAUGACCAGUGGGAUGAGAACUGGAGUGUCCUAGUGACGGGAUCAUUAUACCUCGGCGGCGAGGCGCUAGACUUCUUGGGCUGGCAGGAGUAA